AUGGCGGAGCUCGAUCCUACUGGUUCGGCAAGUACAGUCUCAUUGCUCGUCAUGCAUCUCCUCUUCCACGUCGCUGACAUGUCUGAUGCAUGUCAAUGGGCGUCUCGGGCUCGUUCCAACUUGUCGGCGGGAACCAACCCUAUUCCUCUCGAUGAAAGCGAUGGAUUGGACGAUUUAGAAUGGUUCGACGCAACUUUAUCGCAAACAUCAGAUUAUGGCGCCGGAUUAGCUCCCGCUACGCAUUCCUGGCGGGCCAACUGGGUUGAAGUGAACUUCGCAAUGGACUUCCUCAAUCCUGCAGCCAUGUGGGGACGCUCUCUGGGCAAAUAUCAGCAUGGCACAAGUGAGAAGCUAGCUAUCGUCACUUUCUUGCCUUCUUCCGUAUCUGGCAUCCUAGCAAGCCCAUAA